AUGGCGUUCUUCCAGCCCGGCCUGCGCAGGGCCGCCCUGAACCUCUCACGGGCGUCCUUCUGCGGGUCGUGCAUGCGGACAACGCUCAGGACCCCGACGACGGCGACGACAACGCAGUCCAAGAUCCUUAGGCUGCUGAAUAAUACGUCCAAGAGAUAUUCCAGCACACAGUCGCCCCUGGAGUCCCUCAGCAGCAAGGUCCGGAAGCCCUCAGCGACCAAGGCUCAGAGCUCGUCCAACUCGGGCUCGUCCAAGGGUCCCAAGUCGUGGCCCGAGACCAACGACAAGGUGGUAGGCUACUGGCUGGUUGGCAGCGCCGCCAGCGUCUUUGGUAUCGUCAUCUUUGGCGGUCUGACCCGUCUGACCGAGUCUGGCCUGAGCAUCACAGAAUGGCGCCCCGUCACCGGCUCUCUCCCGCCCAUGUCCGACGCCGACUGGCAGUCCGAGUUCGACAAGUACCGCGCCUCUCCCGAGUUCAAGCUGCUCAAUCCGCACAUGAACCUGGAGGAGUUCAAGAAGAUCUACUUCAUGGAAUGGUUCCACCGCCUCUGGGGACGCUUCAUCGGUCUCUCCUUCGUCAUCCCGACCGUCUACUUCAUCGCACGCCGCCGCGUCACCAAGCGCAUGGCCGGCACUCUGGUUGGCAUCUCCGGUCUCAUCGGCUUCCAGGGCGUCAUCGGCUGGUGGAUGGUCAAGUCCGGUCUGCGCGACGAGCUUUUCGCUCCCGGCUCGCACCCCCGCGUAAGCCAGUACCGUCUAACCGCUCACCUCGCAACCGCCGUGGUCUGCUAUUCCUGGAUGCUCCUGGCCGGCCUGAAGGUCCUCCGAACGAACCGUUACCUGCGCGACCCUGAGACCGCGCUCAAGACCUUCCAAACCCUCAAGAGCCCCGCCCUUAAAGGCCUGCGCAUCUCCGUCCUGGCCUUGACCGCCCUCAUCUCCGUCACGCUCCUCUCAGGCGCUCUCGUCGCCGGCCUCGAUGCCGGCCUAAUCUACAACGAAUUCCCCAUGAUGGGCACUGGUCUAGCCCCUCCCAAGUCGGAACUCUUUGACCCCUUCUACUCCCGCAAGGAAGACCGCUCCGACCUAAUCUGGCGCAACAUGCUCGAGAACCCGUCUCUCGUGCAACUCGACCACCGCAUCCUCGCCACGACGACCUUCUUCGCCGUCUGCGCACUCGUGCUGUACGCACGCACGGGCCGCGUGCGCGCCGCCAUGCCCAAGAACGUGAAGCGCGGCGUUAACGGGCUGCUGCAUCUCGCUCUGGCGCAGGUGACGCUGGGUAUUACCACGUUGAUUUACAUGGUCCCCAUUCCGCUAGCGGCGGCGCACCAGGCGGGCGCGCUGGCGCUGCUGACGGGGGCGUUGGUUGUGGGACAGAGGAUGAGGGUACCCAAGUCGACGGUUGCUCUGGUGCAGAAGGCGCUGAAGGCGCCGCCGAAGGUACAGGCUGAGAUGAUUAGCCAGAAGUUGAUGAAGAAUAUUGCCGAGAAGAAAUAA